GCUGAGGAGAAGCAGCGUUCGUCAGCAGAGCAGCUCGGGUUGGCGCGCUGUUCCGGUGCCCCGGGGGUGGCUCCAGCGUGCGGUUGUGUCAUCAUCUUCCGCGUUUCCAGCUUUGUUUCUGGAAACUUGCGGCGCUGUGGUCGAGGGCAUGGUUCUCGGUUGUUUCUGAGCGGCGCUUCAUCUGUUACGUUUCUUUCCAGUCUCGGGCUCAGUCUGUUUUUUUUCUCUGUCAGCUUUAUGUUUUAGCUGUUAGUGAAAUAACGUGCCUAAAUGUGUUGUGAACUGAACGAUGAGGUGGUGGAUGUUUGCCAAGACUGUAAGAGUCUCCAAUUUUUGUUUCCAGCCAUGACCAUGCAGUUUAUCAGUCACCGAUUUCCAGAGGACCAUGAUCCCACAAUUGGACUGCAAUUGUAUUCCAACUUUGUUCUUCCUAAUGUAUUGUGAAUUCAAAGAGGACGCUUAUAAAAUACGAAUACGCAUUGAUGAUGAACCUGCAAAUCUGGAUAUCUUGGACACAGCAGGACAGGCAGAGUUUACAGCCAUGAGAGACCAGUACAUGAGGGCUGGUGAGGGAUUUAUCAUCUGUUACUCGAUCACCGACCGACGCAGUUUCCAUGAAGUACGUGAGUUCAAACAGCUUAUUUAUCGUGUUCGGCGUACUGAUGACACUCCUGUGGUCCUGGUGGGAAAUAAAUCUGAUCUGACACAGCUGCGGCAGGUCUCCAAAGAAGAAGGCUCUGCUUUAGCACGAGAAUUCAACUGCCCUUUUUUUGAAACUUCAGCUGCAUACCGUUACUAUAUUGAUGAUGUAUUUCAUGCUCUUGUGCGAGAAAUCCGUAGGAAAGAAAAAGAAGCAGUAAUGGCAAUGGAAAAAAAAUCCAAACCUAAAAGCAGCGUGUGGAAAAGACUAAAGUCACCAUUUAGAAGGAAGAAGGAUUCAGUCACUUGAACAGAGAAAAUUCUGCAAAAUGAAACAAAAUCUGUGAACAGCCAUUUGUAACCAAAGCGGCUUAGGGACAACAUUUUGACAGGAUGUUUUAAAUCUGCUGGGACUUUUAUCAGGGAGGGCAUAAUAUUUACCGAUUACUUCUGUUUAAAAUGAUAUUCCCUUAAUUUUGGAUCUUUUAACUCAUGACACAGCAAUGAUUUUACUUUUAUUUGUUGUUGUUUUUGACUGGAUCCAACAAACGUUACUCACAUGUUGUUGGUUACAAAUGCUGAUAGGUUUGUGUCCCUGCACUUUUGGACGUUCAUCUUUGGUCACUGCAUACUGGAAGCUGAAUUGUUUAAAAUAGUGUUGAACUCCUUCCCAGCCUAACUUAAUUCAUUUUUUUUUCUCCUAGUUGUUUGCACAACAAAAUUUUGCUGCUUUUUGGAACGGUAACCCACAUCACGAGAGACGGCUUGUCGAGGUCAUGCUGAAAAGUAGCUUACAAAGCACGUGUCGCGACUAACAGCCUAGGUUAUAUAUAGAUGUCAGUGUAGGAUUCUUGUGUUCUCAUUGAAUAGACUUUUUCCAGCAAAAGUAAGUAAUGUGGAAUACGCAAGUUUAAUACACAAGUAACAUGGAAUAUACAAGUUUAUCUUAAUUUUUCACCGUUAAAGCAGUUAGGAUUCUAAACAAGUCAGAAAAAAUAAGUUAUGGUUCCUAUGGCAGCUGUAGCUUGGCAACAACGCAUGAAUAUGUAGCGUUUUCCUACUGUAUAUAACGUUUAUUGUGUUGCCAUAGCGUGCGUGAUAUAAUGAUGCUGUAGUUGCACUAGAAACUACAGCUUUGAGUUUUCUGACUUGUGUGUUAAAAUCAUAGCUGUAAUGGUGUGGUGGCUUUUAUUUAUUUACAUUGAAUUUAACAUUAUUUCCUUAAAGGAGCCAGUAUCCUUGUUAGGUAGAAAUCUCUAAUACAGUCAUUUCAAAUUACUCUAACAACUGCUUUGUAAAGAUGAUGACUGAAACCGAGUAUUGCAGGUAUUUGGGCCCGGAGUUAAUAUCCCUAAUUCUGUUAGGAUUCUUCCAGUACGCUCUUAAAAGAGUAGAAUUGGUGAUCCAGCGGAAGAAAACAAUUAGCUGGCCACAGUGGCAGUCCUGACAGAUAACUCACGUCUCUGACCUUACCUAUGUAUACAGUCCAGUCAGUGCAUUCAGAGAUUUUUCUGUAUGCUCAGUAAAUCAUGGUUCUGCUUUGAGAUGAUACAUCAGCUCUAGAAUUUAAAUCCAGAGCUGGUGUCCAAAUGCAAAAAGAUCACGUGACAGAGGGGUGUUAUUUUGAUUUUGUUUUUUAAUAAUAUAAUGAAUCACAGUGAGGCAACUCAGACAUGGUUAAAAUAACCAAAAUUAAGUGCCUAAAAUCUUUCAGUUUAAGGACAAAAGAGCUUAAAUUGACUCUAAAUGUAGUAUAGCUUCUAAUCUUCGAUCAUCCUUGUCGGUAAUUAUGCUGAUAUCAUUGAUCAGAAAUAAAAUCUGUAAUGUCAGUCUUAGCCUGCUGCAUAUGCUAGUGCAGUCAAAAUUCAAAACGAAGCUACUUAAGUUCAUGUGUAAAAAGGAUCGAGUAGAAGAAGCAAGGAUAGCAAAUGUAUAAACCGUUACGCUUUCUUGCUAAACUCUGUAGUACUUAGGAUGCCACUGGAAAUCCUAAGCCUGGUGCUUUUAAGAAUAUUUUAUUUGUGUAAAAUCAGAAAUGUUUUAUGGCAAAAAAUGUGGAGGGGGAGUAUUUUUUUUUGUGUUAGAUUUGUACCUGAACUAAACAUUUAAAUUGGUUUCUGUUUCUCACUUCCAAAGCUCCAGUGUUAUGCUGCGCUAGUAAUGAUUUCACAAAUGCCAAUUGAAAAAGAAGUUAAGAAUAAUUUGGAAUGUUUAGAAUGUAAGACCUCUUUUGAAGUAACUGUGUGAGCAGGUGCGCGCAUCUGUUCCACAGUUAUUAGUUUAGAACUUAAGGCCCUAUUAGUCAUUCAUUGUCGGAUUAUAUGCUGUCUAUAACUCUUAGCUAGUUUCCCUAGGAUCUUUAUCUAACAAAAAUUUUGAGGAGAAGGAGGGGACAACAACUAAGAUGCUGCUCAGUGGCUAGUUAUGUCAUUACAGAAAUUAUUCCAAACCAGCUUUCUGGAAAUGUUAAACAGAGGCCCAAUCAUGAUGGCAAGUUUUCCCCCUGCUUUUCCUUGAUACGUAAUUUUAACAUAUUAGUCAGUUACCUACGUUUGAAGUUUUCAGAUAAUAUGAAAUGGUAACCUGCCAACAGUUCUGAAAGCUGUAUGGGACUAAUAUUUAUUUUUACCUUUAAAUAACUGAUAUCUGUGCCUUACAUUAUUCCUUCAAUGCAGUUAAGUGUUUACUGAUGCCCUUGGUGAGCCUAUUGCUUACAGAAUUUUUAAAUCGGAACAGCAGCAAGCACUUUUUUUACACAGUGUUGUUCAAGAAGAGUUUUAUUUUUAUCAUAUAUAAAUUUGUAUGCAGAAUUAUUGUUUUAUUUGACACAAUAUAGAAUUUUUAAUACAACUAUUUGCAUUUGAUGUUUUAAUCCUUGGUGCCUAGCAUGAUGAGUAGAAAGCCUUUCAACCUGAGAGCACCGAAGAAGGAAAUUUCAUGGCAUGUUUGCAGUUUAUUCUGGAAAAUGCUUAUCUUGCGAGCUGGAUGCUCCAAAAGUUGGUAAUUCAGAUUAAAUUUAAGCAGUGCAAAGCUUAAAAAAAAAUCUAUGAUGCAAAUGUGGUGCUAUAUCAUUUAAAUAUGGUCUAGACGUUUUGUAACUGUAUUACUUUGCAUUCGUAUGCUCUGCGUAAGGUGUUGAUUUUCAUAGUUUUUGUUAUGGGGGGGGAACAGCGAUUGAAUGAGUUAAGUGUCUAAGUGUUUCUCCAGAUACUUUGAUAGUGGGCUAUUGGGAAAAGUAAUCCUGUUGUGUUUGCCGCUGUCUCAGUUUCUCUGCGUAUUUGUUGUUUAUGUUUUAUUAUUUUAUACUAAUAGGAACAACUGUUUUGAGACCCCUGUUGCAAUAUGCGAUACUCUUUCUUGUCCCCACCACCACCACCACCUCUGCAAGGUAUUUACACUGUAGAUAAAUUUGCACCAUAACUCUUGAUUUAUGACAGAUGGAAGGCUCCUGUAGUCACUCUUGUUGAUUUAUAGGGGAUCUCUCCUUGCAGGAUUCUGGUGGUAGAACUGCAGAAUGUUCUAGCUUAUCCUCCCGCAAACAACACAAAUGUCUUCUAGUGCGUUUGCUAGACAUUUGGAGGCAACUUCCCCAACUAUCAUCUGUUGUAACCACGUCUUCCAGGAAUCAUCUCAUUGUUCAUGACAGUAAUUUAGGUAUGCAUUUUUUUAACCUGCAGAGAAAUACUUAGGUUGUAGUGGUUGUGGCAAUAACGUCCCUAAUCUGGUUUAAAACUGUAGUUAUUUUGCUGGAGUAAAUAUAUAUUCUUUUUCUAUUAAGUAGAGAUGAGUUGGCAGAUAAAUUUUCCCUCAUUUGAUAGCGUGAUAUGUUAUCCACUUGUGCUUUCAGGAGAAAGCCUGUUGGACUAUAAUUUCCACUAGAAUCAAGAUUCCUAGAAAGUUAACUCUCUCACGUAUUGUUCAUCAAGUUCUCCAGAUGACAGACUUGAACCAUUUAAGUGGCACAUAGGUGUGGGUGUGGUUCUUCCUUCAUUAUUGGUCCCUUAUGGAAAAGAAUAUCUCUGUCUAUCACACCAGGCUGAGGGUUAGGAAUGAGUUUAAAGCACAUUUAAAAACUGUUUUUUAUCCAGGACGUUUUGAAAAAUGAGGAUUGAGCAACAACUUAGUAGACCUGCAGGAUGUUUUUAUUAGCAAACUGCAAUGACUUCAGAAUGUUUUCUAAGUGGUGGUAGGUAAUAGGCAUAGGUCAAAGGGUCUAACACUCCGCCACAGUUUGUGUGUGCGCGCGCUUCUGGAUUUUUUGAAGCAAAGUUUUUGAAUUUUUGAGCAAAUUUUGCUGCUUACUGCCCCCUUCAAGUAUACUUUAAAAAAAAAAAAAAAGUAUUCUGAAGUCCUGAUACAGAUUUAGUUUGCUUGCUUUUAUUACAGGAAUGUGAAACCUAACAUCUUCCUACUGUUAAUAUAGGUCAGUCUUUUGCUGACAAAACAGUAAGCUGUUUACCAAAAUGCAAAAUUGGUAAAUUUUAAGAUACAUGGAGAUUAAUUACAUGUAACUGUAAGAACUGGAAAAAAACUGCCAAAGUUUCUGCUGAAAUAAUGCAGCGACACUUUCAACCUCAAGACUGGAAGAAUGAAACAAAAUACUACGUACAAAAUGGAUCAUUAAGUCAUUUUGGGUCGUGGGCAUCCUUUUUUGUUGUUUUUUUGUUUUUCUCCCCUUGCCUUCUCCAGUCUCUUACACCUGUACAAAUCUAGUUGUAAGUAAACUUACAAGAUUUGAGGUAAAUGCUCCUGAUCUGUUUACUUUUUCUACAGUGCAAGUCAACUAUGUUCUGGGUGGUACUUUGUCACAGCAAAUGAGUGAAACUGGAACAUUUCACUCCGCAUUGACUGAGGUCAUUUAUUCCAAUGAGACUGCGCAGUAAAUUCACAGAAGAUGCACAAAGAGCCUGUGACUCUAAUUUGCACAGCUAAACCACUAGAUGGCCUAUAGUGGAAGAAAUAAUCAACAUUAAUUUGGAUGAAAAGCUUAAAUCCGACAAAUACUUCUUUGCUAAUAGUCAAUCGGCUUUUAAGUCCUAGGCAUAACUUGAAUGCUAUAUGAAGAAGGAAACCCUAGAAAUAAAAAAAAAAAAAAAAAAGUAUUAAAAACCAGAAGUGUUGAGAAAGUUUGCCUUAGGAUGACAAAAUUUAUGAAAAAGCAAAAAAAAGAAUAGAGUUUAUUACAUGGCCUCAAGAUAAGCAUAUACGUAAGCAUGGUCUCACUAACAUGCGUGAGCCAGUAAAACCCUACUGCCCUGAGGUCCCAAAGAAAACUUGGGUGAAUUUGCUUUAAUCUCUUUAUCUUACCUUUUUUUUUUUUUUUUCCUGUCUUCAAAGAAGAAGCUGUAACCCUUGGAGUUAGGAUAAGAGGAGGUGCAAUAGUUCUCUGGAGUUUUUUUCCUUGUGAUCAGGAUAUUGGAGCUGCUUGGAAAUACUAAUGUUCUACAGAGAAUAUUGGUAAUAAUAAACAGCUCUGUGGAUUGGGGGGUGGCCAAGAUCUUGAUUCAAUCUGAUGGUGUUCGUUAUUGUUAGAUGUCGCUCUAUACAGGCAUACUGUGAAAUUUUUCUGCCUAGGCUGCGCAGGUCUUGUGUAAGGCCAUCUUUUUCUGUUCCCUCCUUUUACCUUUUUUUCCCCCAUGAUUCCCAGACUGCUUUUUCAUCAGAUCUGUUACAGCUAUGUUACUGUAAGAGAAAAAAAAAAUAAUUUUUUUAACAAUUAAGAAAGUCAGUCAUUGAUUCCAAACCUUGCACUUGUACGUGUUAAAUACUUCCUUUGCAUUUGUUUAAAUGUACAUUUGAAAGCAUCAGCACAGUCUUUGUACUGCAAUGUGUGGUGACACAUUAAUUUUUCUCCUCUCUACACUCCCAGUGUUCCUUUCAGACACCUAAAUGUAUAUUUUAAGGCAUAAUACACAAUUUUUUUUAAUUAUAAGAAAAUUUUAACACACAAUGCAGUGUUGUGAUUUAUUCUUCUAAUGGUUUAAUACUGUGAAACGCUUAGGCUAAAUCUUGCUUUGCUGAACUCCUGAGUCUUAGUGUUCAUCAGCAGGAAGGAAUCAGGCAAGCUUUUACACUUUAGUUUUCUGAAUGCCACCUAAAAUCUGAAUUUUUAUGUACUGAUAUUAACAUUCUGCUAGGGACCAAAAACUAAGAUGGUGAACUCCCUGAGAUGAGUUGCACUUGUUUUAAAAAGUCAAGGUUAUGUUAAUUGAAUGUUCCCCAGAUAAUCUUGCCUGUGGUUCUCAUUCUUUUCUGUGUGAAUCUGUCCAGACCUUCCCCUGUCCUGAGUGAAAUUAAUAUGUCCUGCGUAUUUUUCAGUGCAGAAUAUACCUUACCCUUCUGAGACCACACAUGUAUGCAUAGCAUUUCCUCAUCUCCCUACAUCUCCCAUUGCAGGAGGGUGGGGAAGGGUGAUGGUCGGCGAAUAUUGCCUCAUGGUUGUUGAGACACUCAUUUUUUGGCUACAUUUUUUAAUGUUUUUCCUACAGCUCGCUGCUUUUCAUUAGUGAUAAUGGGAUGUCUGUAGGUGGCUAUGGAGUCCUUUGAGAUGACUUGGUCUCAGGGCUAGAUGGAUGAAUAUACUGAUGUAUGUGAUACAACAGGUUCUGUGUUGAUGUAGAAUCUAAAACAGUAUACGGGCCUUUCCAUGUUGGAAAGAAGGGAGGAACUAUUGUGCAAUACAAUAGAGGUAAAGGGUUUUUCUUUUUUUUUUUUUAUGGUAGUUCUUUCAAUAUUGCUAGCUACUAUGAUUUUUUAGUGUUUUUUUUUUUUUUUGGUAAUACAGUACACUGCUGUUGUUACUGGUAAAAUGCAUGAUCAAUUAUUAAUUUGCAUUAAUGAGCACAGCAAUAUAAGUAUCUGGAAUCAAUCCAAAGUAUUAAACUAUUUCACAAACUGUA